AUGCGCGCAUCCGACGCAUCGUAUCUUCAGGCGCUCUCAUCACCCGCGCCCAUGAACGACGAUCCCGGCAAUGUCAAGGUGGUGGUGCGAUGUAGGGCCUUUGUGCCGAGAGAGAAAGAGAAGGGCACGAAAUGCCUAAUCCGCAUGGACCCAGCCACACAAAAGACCACACUCUAUGCGCCGGAAGAGAGCGGGAACAGUGGGCGCCGUGUUCUGGACGACAAGGAGUUCACAUUCGAUCGCUCAUACUGGUCGCACGACGAGUCCGACCCGCACUACGCCCACCAAGAAGACGUCUACCGCUCUUUCGGUGAGGAGUUCCUCGACCACAACUUCGGAGGAUACCACACAUGCAUUUUCGCAUACGGUCAGACGGGGUCGGGAAAGAGUUACACCAUGAUGGGCACCCCAGACAACCCAGGAUUGAUCCCGCGAACUUGUGAAGAGCUGUUCGAUCGCAUCGCACAUGAACCGUCGCCCAACACCAACUACCACGUCCAAGUCUCUUACUUCGAAGUCUACAACGAGCACGUACGGGAUCUGCUCACCCCGCGGACGACCCCACCCAUCUACCUCAAGAUCCGCGAGAGCCAGAAAGAUGGUGUAUACGUGCAGGGCCUGACGGAGGCCGAAGUCAAGAGCUACGCUGAUGUUGCGCGCUUGAUGAAAAUUGGCGACAUGAGCCGGACGACAGCCUCCACCAAGAUGAACGACACCUCGUCACGAUCCCACGCCGUCUUCACUAUCCGCCUCAAGCAAAUCACCCACUCGCUUCUCUCCGAUGAGACCAUCGAACGCACAGCACGCAUGCGCCUCGUCGACCUCGCUGGCUCCGAACGUGCCAAGUCGACAGAAGCUACAGGAGCUCGCUUGAAGGAGGGAGGGCAAAUCAAUAAAUCUCUCACUACACUUGGUCGCGUCAUUGCUGCACUGGCCGACCCAAGGCGACACGGUGCGAAGGGACGACGACCACGAGAGGUUGUGCCGUACCGUGAUUCAGUCUUGACCUGGCUGUUAAAGGACUCGUUGGGUGGUAACAGCAAGACAGCCAUGGUUGCUUGCAUUGCGCCGGCCGACUAUGAUGAGACUCUUUCCACCCUACGCUACGCCGACCAGGCAAAGCGCAUCCGCACACGUGCCUUGGUCAACCAGGACUGCAUGUCGGCUGCACAGCGAGACGCUCAGAUCGCAGAGAUGUCAGAACAGAUCCGCAGUCUACAAGUCUGUGUCAACGCCGCCAGCCAACGCAAGAGGGAGGAAGCCACCGAGCUAGACGAGUACCAGAGGCAGGUCGCACUCAUGCAGCGCCUCAUGGAGGAGAACCGUCAAGUGUCUGCUGCGAAGAUCAAGGCGCUCACUUCCGAAGUCGAAGAGCUGCGUCCCACAAACGUAGCUUUGCGCGCAGAGAUUGACUCGUUGCGCCGCCAUCUCCAGCUCGCUCUAGGAGAGCUCAAGAACCCCAUCGUCCUGCCACCGCCCCGGGAGCUUGGUACGCCAGACUUCGAGAAUGAGUCAUGGCUAGGCGAAGGCGAGGGUAAAGAUGGAUCGAUCCCUGCUCCUGAUGGUGAGGCCAGCGAUGAUGACUCUGAUUCAGGCUAUGAUGAGGGUGACCACGAUGAGUUGGCGCAGGAGUUGCACAAUGAGGCAGAGGCCUUCCUCCAGGACCUGGGCAUGUUCCGCAAGAAGGUCGGCAGCGAUGUCGAUCGCUUCGGUAUCCGCGAGACACUGGCUGAGCUCAUCGGAGGUCAUUGA